CAAACGGAAAGGGGAAGACUGGGAGCAUAGCGUUCUCUGGAGGCUACGCGGGGUUUUGGAGUGUACUUUCUCUCUCUUUCCUUGGUAACCGAGUUUCUCCAUACCUUUUCCUUUGUUGAGUUGAUUAGCUUCAAUUAUGUCAAAUUUCUCUUCAAUCACUACUGCUUCCAAUCCAAAUCCCAAUAAGUCGAUUGAGGUGGCUCAACCUCCGAGUGAUUCUGUUUCAAGCCUUAGUUUCAGUCCCAAGGCAAAUAUUCUGGUGGCCACUUCAUGGGAUAAUCAGGUUCGAUGUUGGGAGAUAAUGCGGAAUGGGCCAACUGUUGGCAGUGUGCCCAAGGCAUCAAUAUCACAUGACCAGCCGGUUCUAUGCUCUGCUUGGAAGGAUGAUGGAACAACUGUCUUCUCUGGAGGCUGUGACAAGCAAGUGAAAAUGUGGCCUUUGUUGUCUGGCGGGCAACCUAUGACUGUGGCCAUGCAUGAUGCUCCCAUUAAAGAGGUUGCUUGGAUCCCAGAGAUGAACCUCUUAGCCACAGGAAGUUGGGACAAGACUCUUAAGUAUUGGGAUACAAGGCAGCCUAAUCCUGUGCAUACCCAGCAACUCCCUGACCGUUGUUAUGCACUAACUGUGAGACAUCCCUUGAUGGUUGUUGGCACUGCAGAUAGAAAUCUUAUAGUUUUUAACUUGCAAAACCCUCAGACUGAGUUUAAGAGAAUCACUUCACCAUUGAAGUAUCAGACCAGAUGUGUUGCUGCCUUUCCGGAUCAGCAAGGAUUCUUGGUUGGCUCGAUAGAGGGAAGGGUUGGCGUACAUCAUCUUGAUGAUGCACAACAAAGUAAAAACUUUACUUUUAAAUGUCACAGGGAAGGCAAUGAGAUAUACUCAGUGAAUUCUCUAAACUUCCAUCCUGUGCAUCACACAUUUGCCACUGCAGGCUCUGACGGUGCUUUUAAUUUCUGGGACAAGGAUAGUAAACAGAGGCUCAAGGCUAUGUCAAGGUGCAGUCAACCUAUACCUUGCAGUACUUUCAACAAUGAUGGAUCGAUAUUUGCAUAUUCGGUGUGUUAUGACUGGAGUAAGGGUGCAGAAAAUCAUAAUCCAGCAACAGCAAAGACCUACAUCUUCCUGCAUUUACCACAGGAAGCUGAGGUCAAAGGCAAACCAAGAAUUGGAACAAGUGGUAGAAAGUGAAGCUACACAGUGGAAGCCAUGAGAAUGAUGGGAAGAAAAAUGGGUAUCUGUACCUUGCUUGUAAAUGGAUCUCAUUUUGUUUUUUAUUGGUAGGUCCGACUUGUGAGCAGAGCAGAGGAGUGUAGCUUAGGAAUGGUCCUGUAGUGAGCAGGUGAGUUUGGCUUUGAGAAUAGGUUCUUAAUAAAGGUUGUUCUAGUUUACUCCGUUGAGCUUUUUAGGGAAUGGGGUUAUUGCUUUUCAUAUAUUCGAAGUCAUGGCUAGUUCUUUUUUAUUUUUAUAUAUUAAAAAUUACACA